UGCUGCCGGAAGUAGGUUUUGUAGUUCGCCGGUACAACCGCCGUGUUCAGUUGGCUGUCAAUAACUGCGAUGUUUACGUAAAUACUCUUUGCGUAACCAUGUACACUACAUGGUUAUAUGCGGUAUAAUUACUAGUUCCGCACAUAAACAUCGACUGUAAAUACAUGUCCGCUUCCAAGUUUACGCCGUGGAAGUAUGAAUGGAGUUUGGUAAAAUCACCCGUUGCUGGUAGCUUUGAAAGCUAGCUAACACGUCUUUAAUGCACACUCUGCGGUAGUUGAAGUAAGGAUGGACAAAGGCGAUGGUGGCGAACAAAGUGGACUUUCUCAGGAUGCCCAUGGUCCAGAGAUGCAAAGUCUUCCGGAAGGUUGCUUGGCAUGUCAACCGGAUGUUGACCCCGCUACUCCUGAGGCCAGUGGCUUGUUGUCGUUGCCGUGGGAGAUGGUGACCCAUAUUGCCUCACACCUUCCCGCUCACUGUGUCAUCUCCGUCCUGCCAAAGGUCUGUUCCGCUUUGCGUAACGUCGGCAAGGACAACACCGCCUGGCAGCUGCGGGCGCGCAGGCUUAUUGGCUCGAAAGCAAAGUUUCCUGUGGGGCCGAGGGAGGAUUUUGACUGGCCCAGCGCUUGCCUGGAGAUGGAGCAACUGAUUACCUGCUGGACCGGCAUGGCACAAGAUGACCUCAGACAUCACCAAGCCGUCGAGGAGGAAGACCAGGGUGACCAGGGACCAGCAGAGAUGGAGCCAGGGAGAGAUGCACAGGGCGUUGAUGAACGGUUGGUUGGCGAGCUCGUUGGCGAGCUGGAGCAGAGAUUAGGCGAUAACCCAGAAGAGGAUGCUUUAUUUGAGGGGCACGAUGGCGCUCUUGAUCAUCAACAGGCGCAUCCGGGUAAUGGAGAACAUGUAGAAAUCAUUCAGCAUCAACCACCAAGAAGUUCAAGCCCGCCCCCGGCGCUUGAGCACCUCACCCUGCUCUCGGGCCACAUUGCCCAGGUCACCUCCGUCCUCUUGUUAGGUGGCGACGGGACGCUCUGCGCCACGGGCUCCAGAGAUUACAACGUUAAUCUUUGGAAACUGCACGCGGACUCGAGCAGCGUGCUGCUGCACACGUUGCUCGGCUCCUGCAACUUCAGCACCCAUCAAGGAUGGGUGUGGUGUCUGGCGUCUCAGGGACCGCUGCUGGCCUCGGGAGGGUUCGACAGCACGGUGCGGCUGUGGGACCUGCAGGCGUCCGGCGCCGAGAAGGGAUUGAUCAAGGCGGGAGGUGCUGUGAUGUGUUUGACCUGCUUGCCUGACGUCCUGCUGGCUGGCACGUUUGACAAAACGGUCAGCGUUUACGACCCGAGAGCUGCUUUUACUUGCCUGAAAAGCCUCCGUCUCCAUACCAACGUAGUCAUGUGUCUGGCGGCUGACGACAAAUACAUCAUCUCUGCGGCCAAGGACUGCACCGUGGUCGUCUAUGACCGCCGGGCGGACAAAACCUUGAACAAAGUCCGGCUGAAUGGUUACUUGCGUUCCAUGAGCUACAGCGACAGUGAGGUGUGGGGAGGAGACCACAGGGGCGCGCUGCAUUCCUUCACCAUGCGGGACGGGAUAUUGAACUCCAGAGCGUACUUCAAUGUGGGGCACACGGCUAUGAUAAACGGCAUUCAUAAGUCACCUGGAAGCCUCUACACCUGCUCCUCUGAUUGUACCGUCAAGGUGCACAUCCCGUGUCGGCCUCCGAAGACUUUAUGCACACUGCGUCAUCAAGCUGGAGUCUCUGGGCUGAGUGUGGUGGACGGAACCCUGGCUGUCACCUCGGGGGAAACGGAUGUGGAAAUCUGGAGACCCAGAAAGUCAUGAAGUUGCACGUGGACAAAACCGCAACAGCAACAGCUGAUUCGUAUAUAAAAUCAGGUCAACAUUUUAUAUAAAGCAAAGACUUACAAAGCCAGUCUAGAAUUUAAAGUCAGUCUCAAUAUUUAAAGGAACCCUACUACCUUUAUAAAGCUACUUUAAUAGGAUAGGGAAGCCCUUGUGUACAGUAAAAAGCCACAAGACAAGCUGUAUAUCAACAAUUCUGCACUGUGAGAGACAGGAAUACAACAUUUUGAUUGAGGCUGUAUCUUGGGAUUUUUUUUCAGAAUCAGAAGUACUUUAGAAUUAAAAAAAAAAAUCAGUCUAAGCCUGGGCCCCUCCAGACUGAGGCCAAGGGAAAAAAAACUCAUAGCCAAAGCACACAUAAACAUGUAUGUAAGAGGGAAACAUCCAAGAACACAAAGGACAUCAAAGAGCAGAGCUGAUGCAACCAGCUGCCACUCCAGCAGUGCAGUUUCUACAUACUGCUACAAAAGUUUAAAAAAAAAACUUAAAAUAAUCAACCAAUAAUAUGAAGUGUGCACACACGAUUGCAUAACAAA